UACCCCGGGGUGAUUCACCUUGUCGCACUCCUCGUCGCGCGUGUGUUCAUUGGCCCUGAACUAUGCCGAAACCAAGAAUAUCUGGACGUGAGCGUAAUGUUUGCAGCCAAUUGUCUGAUAGUGUCGAGGAUCCUGACAUGGUGUCCGUCUCUUUUGCGGCCUGUUGUCAAGCACAUUAUCCCGGGACGCAUCCAUCUUCGUCGUCAGGAAGCGCAAAUGCGGCGGCUUCUGAUGCCAUUCAUCACACAACGUGGACAGACAGCAGCGGCAGGAAAUGAACAGGGUCCAGAUGACCUCCUGCAGUUGUUUACAGAUGCCUCGAGUCAGGCGGAGAAGAACGAUCCGGGGUUUCUGGCUCUCUCGCUGAUCAACGCGUGCCUGGCCGCAAUCCAUUCCACCGCCAUCGUGGCUACCAAUGCAAUACUUGACCUUGCGACCCGACCACAGCUCAUGGAUCCUCUUCGUCGGGGGCUCAGAAACGCUUUGCGAUCCGGAAGGUAA